AAGCUGUUCUGCCCGUGUCUGUCUGUUCUGACUCCAGAUCAUCAGAUUCUCCCUGCUUCCCUGUGUAGCCAGCAAGGCAGACAUGAUUGUGCCUGUUUUACGGAUGGGAAUACUGAGGCCUAGAGGGCUGGUGUGCAGCAGAGCCAGAUGAGUUCCUGGAAAUCCUCCAGUUAGUUCCCAAUAAGGCUGCACGGAGGACCCCCUUGACGGUGGCGAUGGAGGGGGGCCCAGCGGUCUGCUGCCAGGAUCCCCGGGCAGAGCUGGUGGAGCGAGUGGCAGCCAUCGAUGUGGCCCGCUUGGAGGAGGCAGAUGGUGGCCCGGGGCCUGCCAGGAACGGUGUGGAACCCCCACCACGGGCCAGAGCUGCCUCCAUGAUCCCCGGCAGUGCUUCAGGACUCCCCCUACCCCGACCCAGCCUCUCCACCAGGAAGCUGUCCCUGCAGGAGCGGCCAGCAGGAAGCUGCCUGGAGGCCCAGGCUGGGCCUUACACCACGGGGCCUGCCAGCCACAUCUCCCCACGGGCCUGGCGGAGGCCCACCAUCGAGUCCCACCGCGUGGCCAUCUCGGAUGCAGAGGACUGUGUGCAGUUGAACCAGUACAAGCUGCAGAGUGAGAUUGGCAAGGGUGCCUACGGCGUGGUGAGGCUGGCCUAUAACGAAAGUGAAGACAGGCACUAUGCAAUGAAAGUCCUUUCCAAAAAGAAGUUACUGAAGCAGUAUGGCUUUCCACGUCGCCCUCCCCCGAGAGGGUCCCAGGCUGCCCAGGGAGGACCAGCCAAGCAGCUGCUGCCCCUGGACCGGGUGUACCAGGAGAUCGCCAUCCUGAAGAAGCUGGACCACGUGAAUGUGGUGAAGCUGAUCGAGGUCCUGGAUGACCCAGCUGAGGACAAUCUCUAUUUGGUGUUUGACCUCCUGAGAAAGGGGCCGGUCAUGGAGGUGCCCUGCGACAAGCCCUUCCCGGAGGAGCAAGCUCGCCUCUACCUGAGGGACAUCAUCCUGGGCCUUGAGUACUUGCACUGCCAGAAGAUCGUCCACAGGGACAUCAAGCCAUCCAACCUGCUCCUGGGGGACGACGGGCACGUGAAGAUCGCCGACUUCGGCGUCAGCAACCAGUUUGAGGGGAACGACGCCCAGCUGUCCAGCACGGCCGGCACCCCGGCGUUCAUGGCCCCUGAGGCCAUCUCCGAUACCGGCCAGAGCUUCAGUGGGAAGGCCUUGGAUGUGUGGGCCACGGGGGUCACGCUGUACUGCUUUGUCUAUGGGAAGUGCCCGUUCAUCGAUGACUACAUCCUGGCCCUGCACAGGAAGAUCAAGAAUGAGGACGUGGUGUUUCCUGAGGAGCCAAAGGUCAGCGAGGAGCUCAAGGACCUGAUCCUGAAGAUGCUAGACAAGAAUCCCGAAAGGAGAAUUGGGGUGCCAGACAUCAAGUUGCACCCGUGGGUGACCAAGAACGGGGAGGAGCCCCUUCCCUCAGAGGAGGAGCACUGCAGCGUGGUGGAGGUGACCGAGGAGGAGGUGAAGAACUCGGUCAAGCUCAUCCCCAGCUGGACCACAGUGAUCCUGGUAAAGUCUAUGCUGAGAAAGCGGUCCUUUGGGAACCCGUUUGAGCCCCAAGCACGGAAGGAAGAGCGCUCCAUGUCUGUCCCAGGAAACUUACUGUUGAAAGACGGGUGUGGUGAAGGCAUCAAGAGCCCGGAGCUCCCUGGUGUCCAAGAAGAUGAGGCUGCGUCUUGAGCCCCUGCAUGCGCCCAGGGCCACCCAGCAACACGCUCAUCCUGCGCCUCCAAAGGCCCCUGCACUCAUGCCGACAGCCGCCCCUGCGGGCAGGGGGCUGGGGACUGUGGACCCUCUCCUGGCUCCCCUCCCCCCGUCAUGCUGCAUGACCUCUGCGCGUGUCCGAGACAGGAUUGGAAUGUGUGUCAUCUGGGGUUUGGUGGGUAGGGCUCCCUCGAGCCUUUCUCCUCGUCUUGGCUCUCCCCGUGGAACCCACGUUGUGGGGAAGGUAGGUACGCUCGGUGCCUUAGAAACCCCACGUGGCUCGUCGGCAAGGCCCAGAGGCAGGAGGCAAGAAACCGAGAUGGCAGGAGGAGGCCUGGCUUACCACCACUGCAGAGACCUCCCGCCGGGGCUGGGCAGGCCGGGCUCAGCUGCCACGCACAUGGAGGGGUGUACCCUGCCCCCUCGGGGGGGGCGCUGCCAGAGCUCGAGUCUGCUGAGAACACUGGUAUGGAGUCUCUGAGUCUUUGAUGGGUGUUCCGGGGCCUCACUGGGGCAGGGGCCAGUAUUGGAGAAUUCAGAUUCUCGUUCUGUUGUCUUUUACUUUUGUUUUUUACAUGGGGGCAAGGGGCUACAAAGACCAGCUGGGAACAGCCAAUGACCUCUCCAAAGCUUUGGGUGGCUCCUAGUGCCAUAAAGCCCUUAUG